GAGAAGCAGGAAGUGGACAGUAAGACGAGGAGUCAACAGCAGGAGCUGGCAGAGGUCACUCUGAGUGUAAUAACUGAGAAGAAAUUAUACACCGGCGCGCACACACACACACACACACACCCAGCGAAACAGUCUGGAACCGACCUGUGAAUGCAACAGUGGAUCAUGUUGUACUGCUUUCCACAGAUGCCUGCCGAGAAACUCAAGGCUUGGACCAGUUGAGGCGCAAUGGCGGUCUCCUUGGCAACAGACUCAUAUCUGCCCGACAAUUCAUCCGUAAUCUCGGCGGGCCGUUGGGAGAAGGUUACUAACGCGACGGGCGGGUGGGAGCGGGACGCCCUGCUGGCGGUGGCUGAGGUGGUGGUCCUCGCCGUCAUCCUGGCGAUGGCGCUCCUCGGCAACGGACUGGUCCUGGCGGUGUUGCUAAGGCGGCGGCGGCGUCACAAUCCGCUGCACCAGUUCAUGAUGAAUCUGUGUCUGGCCGACCUGGUGGUGGCCUUGUUCCAGGUGCUUCCUCAGCUGGUGUGGGACGCCAGGGGGAGCUUCCCCGGUCCAGACCUCCUGUGCCGCUUGGUGAAAUACCUCCAGGUCCUGGGGAUGUUCGCCUCCUCCUACAUGAUCGUCGCCAUGACCAUGGACCGGCACUACGCCAUCUGCUGCCCCCUGCAGGCCUACCGUGGAGCGGCCCUCCAGCGCUGGAACAACCUCAUCCUCCUGGCCUGGGGCCUGUCUCUGCUGCUCAGCCUGCCACAGGUGUUUAUCUUCUCCCGCUCGGAGGUGGCUCCAGGGGUCUAUGAGUGCUGGGGAACUUUUGCAGAAUCCUGGGGUCUCAAGGCCUAUGUGACCUGGAUGACCUUGGCCAUCUUCAUCGUGCCUGUCCUCAUCAUCACCAUCUGUCAGGUGAGGAUCUUCCGGGAGAUCCACAGAAGCCUGUAUCUCAGCUCGGAGCGCAGCCUCUCCCCCGCCUCCCUCCCCCCCUCCAGACGGGACAGCCAGAGGGGGGCGGGACCGUCCAGCCUGUCUUUAUUCGCCCUCAGUUUCCAUGGGAAUAAAAUCCCCUCGGCUACCGCAUCGUCCAAUCAGCAGCUGCCCAUGGGUCGCCUGAGGUCCAAGAGCCACCCCGUGUCUCGUUCUGUUGACCUCACCAGCGCCGAUGCGGCCCCGGGCGGUCCGCAGCCAGCGCUCUCUGUCCUCAGCUCUGGAGGCCCCCGUUGGGCCCCUGGGCUGGGGCCCCCCGCUGGGCCAGCCUUCAGAUGGAGAGGGAUGUCCAAGACGGUCCGGAUGACCCUGGUCAUAGUGCUGGUCUACUCUGUCUGCUGGGCCCCCUUCUUCAGCGUCCAGCUGUGGGCGGCAUGGGCCCCUGACCCCCCGCAGAGUGCCAUGUUCACGCUGCUCAUGCUGCUGGCCAGCCUCAACUCGUGCACCAACCCCUGGAUCUACUCCGCCUUCUCCAGCAGCGUCUCCCCGGAGCUCCGGCUGCUGCUGCUCUGCCGGGGGCCCGCCCCGCGCCGGGGCUCCUGCCCCACCGACUCCACGGGCACGCACGCCUCCACCUCCUGAGGCCCCGCCCCCUGGUCCCUCCUCCAACUCCGGAGGCUCCGCCCCUUUCCCCGCCUCCACCUCCUGAGGCCCCGCCCCCUGGUCCCUCCUCCACC